CACAGCUCCAUCUCAGGACUCCACCGGUCUGUAUUUCUAGAAAAUUUUUGGGAUCUACGGGAAAUGUCUAUCUGUCACGGAAAACCGCGUUAUUUUCUUUUAAUCGCCGAUUUUAUGAAAUGAUGGAGUGACCGGCAGAUUGUGGACGGAGGUUCGGAUAAUCUGAACCCGUUAUAUCCGGAGAGAGAGAGAGAGAGAGAGAGAGAGAGAGAGAGAGAGAGAGAGAGAGAGACGCUUUGUUCGGCCAAUAAAGAACAUUAAAAAAAAUUAUUAAAAACCGAUACACGUUUACUAUCAAAAUGAACAACACAGAGAAGGAAAACAGACCAGAUGAAGACUCAGAGUCUCUAGAGGAAGAGGAUGUUGACCCGAGGAUUCAGGGUGAGCUGGAGAAACUGAACCAGUCUACAGAUAACAUCAACAGAUGGGAGACAGAACUGGAGGACUCCCGGCAGAAGUUUCGCGCUGUCUUAAUGGAGGCAACCGUCAAGUUGGACGAACAGGUGAAGAAGAUCGGCAAAGCUGUAGAAGACUCAAAACCAUACUGGGAGGCCAGACGGGCGGCACGCCAGGCUCAGGUGGAUGCACAGAGAGCCACGCAGGAGUACCAGAGGUCCAUUGAGAUCCUCCGGGCAGCGAAGGAAACCAUUGCGUUGGCUGAAGAACGUCUGCUGGAGGAGGACAGCAGACAGUUUGACUCGGCCUGGCAAGAGAUGCUCAACCAUGCCACCCAGAGGGUGAUGGAGGCGGAGCAAAGCAGAACACACAGUGAAAUCGAUCACAGGGAAACAGCGGCCAAAUACAACGGCGCCAUCAGCCACAUGAGACAACUGGAGAAAAAGCUCAAACGAACUAUUAACAAGUCCAGGCCAUACUUUGAAUUGAAGGCAAAAUAUUAUCUACAACUGGAGGAACUGAAAAGACGGGUGGACGAGCAUCAGACUAAACUCGCCCAAGCCAAAGCCGAGUACCGGACGGCCCUGCGGAACCUGGAGACCAUCUCAGAUGAGAUCCACGCUCGCCGGCGACACUCUUCAAUGGGGCCCCGGGGCCGAGGGGUGGGGGCCGAAGAUGACGGGGCCGCUACGGAUGAUAUCACCAACUUCAAAAUGGAGUCUGAUGGCAUAUCCAUGAUGUCCGUGAACCUCGAAGAGGACAGUUGCAACGGCACUUCAGAGGAUGACCCGGAGACACAGUCCAUCUGCAGUAUGAGCUCCACCUCUGCUCCUCUCAGCCUGUCCUGCCCAUGCCCCUCCUCUUCUGUCCCGUACCCUUCAUCCGCCUCCUCUCCUCCUCUCCCUGUCGACACUGAUCUGUUGCAGCUGCCGGGCUCCGAGUCUCUGGAGGGGUUUGUGCGGGUGUCCCCCGUGCUCGGGCCUCGCAGCGAGUGCAGCGGGGCAUCGUCACCCGACUGUGAACAGGAAAGAGGUGAAAGGGCAGAGGGUGCUGAAGUUAAACCUGACAGCACAAACAGCAUCAGCGUUCAGAAAAGCUUGCACCUGGUGAAGAGUCUGCGCGGCUUAUCGAUUCAAACUGCAGACGACAACGAAACGGACACGCCCCCUUUCACUGUGACCUCAAACACACCAGCACUGCUGCUCCUAAACAGCGUUUAAACUCAAGAACAUGCACCUGUUCAAACCCAAAGCAUCAGCGCAGGGUCAUGUAUUCAAGACCGUGUCUAAAGGAACCAUUGUGGAAACAUUACCUGAUGAUUUAUAUGAACUAAUAUCAUCGCAGUGUUAUGGAGAUCGUUUCAUCUCAGACUGGUUUUAACCCAGAAAACCGUGAAAAAGUGUUCAUGUUUUCUCACCUGUGUGUGUCGUGAGUGGAUAGCUCUCUUUUUUCGGUCUUCUGUCGGAUUAAAGGGAUAGUUCACCCAAAAAUGAAAAUUCAGUCAUUAUUUACUCACCCCUGUGUUGUUAUAACCCUAUAUGACUUUCUUUCUUUUUCUUAACACAAAUUGUGAUGUCAUACAAUGGCAGUUUAUGGUGACCACCUCUUUAAGCUUCAAAAGGACACAAAAGUAUAAUUCAGAAGUCUAAUUAAUUAUUCAUGAGACUCAUGAUUGUUAUGAAAUCAUAGGAUAAGAUUUAAUGCGAAACUGAAAUCUAAUGUAUUAUUUAGUGAAAAUGUUCAAUGAAAUAAUUUUUUUUUUAAACAGAUGUAAAAGGAUAUAAACGGGCGAGGAGGAGGCGAGAACCGGCUUGGCAAUAUAAAUAAUACUUUAAUGAGAACAUUAAACAAACGACACACAUAUGACGGUCAGCUGACCGUAAAGGAUCUCUCUCUCGUUGCACCACCUUCCGCAGUCGGCCUUUAUCCCUCUCGGAGGCUUGAUUACCCUGAUAAGGGACCGGGUGUGUAUAAUCACGACCUGACCCCGCCCUCCGCCCUGCCACACUCCUCCCUCGUUCUCUCAGGCAGGGGAGCCCCGGCAUGACGUAACCCCCCCUUCCCUGGGGAGGGGCGUGCCUUUCGCCCCGUCUGCCGGCAGGUCAUCCCCGUCUACCUGGAUGAGGGAGGGGACAAGGGGAGGGAAACAGAAAUAAUUAAAAUAGGGGGGUACUUCCUGUAACAGUGUAGUACCCCCCCAAAAAACACUGUAAAAUUUAAAAGAGAGGGAAAAGGCCAACGCGGAUCGGCAGUGAGAGAGAGAGAGAGAUAGAUGCAGAAAAAAAAAAAACGCUUCCUCGCCAGUUCUCCGUUACGCUGUAGCUUGGUCCUCGGCCACUCCUCCAUCCGCUAAUGGACGACAGUCAUGCCUCCCCAGGCGGAUCGGAGGCAGUCCUCCAGCCCCUGGCGGACGGAACUCCCCGCCGCGUUCUCGGGGAACAGAAGGGGUCUCUCCCUGCCCCUAGCAGCGGCCCUAACCGCACCAGGCGGUCGGUUAGGAGCCCCUUCUCCCCCCGCAGUUGGCGGUUGCUCCAUUAGGGUGGACGGUAGUAGUGAGAACUCCACUACAGCAUAUCCCUCCUCCUUCCCAGGUUUUGGCACCAACACAAACACACACAUGACGGUCAGCUGACCAUAAACGAUCUCUCUCUCGUCGCACCACCUUCCACAGUCGGCCUUUAUCCCUCUCUGAGGCUUGAUUAGCCUGAUAAAGGAUCGGUUGUGUAUAAUCACGACCCGGCCCCGCCCUCCGCCCUGUCACAAAAUAGUACUUGGAAAUCUACAGGCAGCCACAGUCACACGGAGUCCUAACCUGAUGGUAAACGACCCAUGAUAGUAACUCUGUCUGCUGUGAACUGGCACGGAUUCAAAAAAAUAAGGCUGGGCAUAGAAAUGCAUCAAUUCUUCAACUACAAACUCUUCAGACAUGUUCAGCAAGUUCUGUUCUCUGUUUUGGGUGCAGUUGUGUUGUGUUCUGUCGUCACUAUCGCUGUGGAGGACCUAUUAGAUAAACAAAAUGAGUUUUUGCUUGAACGCCCCAAUGUACUAAAUAAUACAUUCGAUUUUGGUUUGUUUGUCACCAAAUCUUAUGGUAUGCUUUCAUAACAAUCAUGAGUCUCAUGGAAUAAUUUAUUAGACCUCUGAAUUAUACUUUAUUGAUCUUUUGAAGCUUGAAGAGGUGGUCACCAUAAACUGACAUUGUAUGACAUCACAGAGCACAAUUGUUUCAUUUUUGGGUGAACUAUCCCUUUAAGGCUGCAUCUCACUAGCCGACAAUGUGAAUGUGAUAUCUCAGUGGAAAUUGCGAUUUAUAUUUUGCUUGCAAAUAAAUGCAAAACGUCCGAAAAAGCAACUUUUGAAUUACGAUCAAUGGAGAAAGAUGCUUUUUGGAACCAGUUACGGCAUUUUUCAGGAGGGGCUAACUGUCUAACCGUGACCACUGAAAACUGAAAAAUCGGCAAGUGGGACGCCAGAAUUAGCAGAAUAUAUCUGUACACUUUUUUUCACUCUGUCCGUGUUGUGUGAUGAUGUUCCUCUUGUCUCAAAUGUACUCUGAUCUCAUGCGUGAAUUACGUGAUUGUGGCGAAAUUUUGGCAAAAACUAUAUUAUGUGGCUCAGCACACCUACCGCUGCAGCUCUGCGGUGAAAUGUCCACUGUGUGGCGCUAAAAGCAAGUUAAGCGUUCUCCCAAACAAAUGAGGUUUUUAGAGUUAAUGCUUCAUCGAGUUUUAAAAGAGCAAAACCGACCUCCCUACCCUAAACCUAAACCUAAACCUAACUGAUACUGUCAGAAAAAGCAAAUGUGAGAUGAAAAACUAUUGCUUGUUGUUGUAGCGCUUCUAGUGUUCAUUUCACCAGGAAACUGCCGUGAUAUGCACAACGAGCAACUAAAAAUAAUUUAGCAACAAUGUAGGUAUAGUUACGUGAUUCUAUGACACCACGUUGAAGUCACGCCUUGGUUUUCCACUCCAAGUUGUAACGUUACGAAGGACUUAUGAAGUUCAAAGCUAUAUAUUUAUACUCCACGUUUGUCUUAUCAUGAUGUUACUAGUGUCUUUUCACAACUCAAAGUUGUUAUUUGUGUAAUAAACAAAUGCUCAUA